AUGAGAUCCAAAGGAUUUGCAAUCACUGAUCUGCUCGGUCUGGAAGCAGAACUGCAGCCACCAACAGUAUCUCUACCCAGCUGUGAAGGACCUGGAGGUGGCCUUGGUGGGGUCUCUUUGGCUAAUGGCUCACUACCUCUCGGCUUGGGGUUCCUGUGUGGUUUUGCCUCCCAACAACCCACUGGGACUACCUGUCUUCUUCCAACUCACAUCCCGUUUCUUCAGCCGAGAACUGAUCAUCAGUACCUUCACAACACAGACAAGCACAAAGAAAACAUUUCUGAUGACGAUAGCCUUCUCGGUGAUAAAAAUGAUCUGAAGGCAUCCAGCUCUCAAGCCAAACGAAAGAAAAGACGACACAGGACUGUAUUUACCGCUCACCAGCUGGAGGAAUUAGAGAAAGCUUUCAAUGAAGCUCAUUAUCCUGAUGUGUAUGCCAGAGAAAUGCUGGCUCUUAAGACAGAGUUACCAGAGGACAGGAUACAGGUGUGGUUCCAGAACAGAAGAGCUAAGUGGAGAAAGCGUGAGAAGUGCUGGGGUCGAAGCAGUGUCAUGGCAGAGUAUGGACUCUAUGGAGCCAUGGUGAGACAUUCUAUCCCCUUGCCUGAGUCCAUCAUCAACUCAGCAAAGAAUGGAUUGGUCGGUUCAUGUGCUCCGUGGCUAUUAGGUAUGCACAAAAAGUCUGUAGACCUCGGGCGUAAAUCAGACAUGGAUGAAAUGACAAUGGAGAACUGCAGAGGGGACCAUUCCAUUGACGCAGUUUUAUCCAAGACUGCAGAAUCCCAAAGAAGCACACAUGACAGAAACAAUGCAAUGGACACUUCAGAAGACAGAGCUAUUGAUCUCUCAAGCACAGCAAAACAAGAGGCACCAUGCAGUAUAAAGCACAUAUCAUUGUCUAGAGACAGUCAGAAUGACCUCACUGACAGCGAGCACUGA